CUUAUCAAAGCACCUCAACGGCAUUCUUCUAUCUGAUCUUUGUAACCUCAGAAUCCAUUUAUUUUCCGAUAAGGGCAAACCCGUCAUUUCGUUCUCACCGUCACACCACACAUGCAAUUACACGGAGACAGACAGGAACUCAAAAGACAGCUCAUUCAAUUCAUCCACACACACAGAUCACUCAAAUUUCCUUUCAUUUUUAUUUCCCCUGUUUUUCCUCGAUUCCUUGUUUUCGAUUCAACACUCGAUGCGGUGACAAGCAUAGAUUUUUGCGGGAGUUUAUUCGCCGGAAAGAUUGUGUCUUUACCCGCGAGAAAUGCGAAGAAACUGGAGACGCCAUUAGCCGAAUCUAAGGAAAAGGAAAGUGAAAGUAGGGGUCGAUGUCCAUGUACGAUGCUGCUUUCCUCAAUACCGAGCUCUCAAAACCGACAUCGAUCUUCGGUCUCCGGCUAUGGGUCGUAAUCGGAAUCUUACUCGGAUCUCUAAUCGUCAUCGCCCUCUUCCUUCUCUCCCUCUGUCUAACCUCCCGCCGGAAAAACCGCAAGCCGCGAGCUGAUUUCGCUUCGGCCGCCGUCGCUACGCCGCCAAUUUCUAAGGAGAUUAAGGAGAUCGUUCCGGCGGCGACGCAGCCUGUACCGGCGGAGAUCCAGGUCGAUAUAGGGAAAAUCGAGCAUCGAGUGGUGUUUUCCGAUCGAGUGUCGAGUGGAGAGAGCAGAGGAACAGCGAGUGCUAGCGAGACGGCAUCGUUUUCCGGCAGCGGGAAUGUUGGACCGGAGGUGUCGCACCUGGGAUGGGGACGGUGGUAUACUCUGAGAGAGCUCGAGGCGGCGACGAAUGGGCUCUGUGAAGAGAAUGUAAUCGGAGAAGGUGGUUACGGGAUUGUGUAUCGUGGGGUUUUAACUGAUGGGACUAAAGUCGCCGUUAAGAAUCUGCUUAAUAACAGGGGUCAAGCAGAGAAGGAAUUUAAAGUAGAAGUGGAAGUAAUUGGGCGUGUACGACACAAGAAUCUCGUUAGGCUUUUAGGGUAUUGCGUCGAAGGUGCAUACAGGAUGCUCGUGUAUGACUUUGUCGAUAAUGGCAACUUGGAGCAAUGGAUUCACGGUGAUGUCGGCGAUGUCAGCCCUCUAACUUGGGAUAUCCGAAUGAACAUCAUACUCGGGAUGGCAAAAGGAUUGGCGUAUCUACACGAGGGUCUUGAACCAAAAGUUGUUCAUAGGGAUAUAAAAUCGAGCAAUAUCUUGCUUGAUCGCCAAUGGAAUGCCAAGGUUUCGGAUUUUGGACUUGCUAAGCUAUUGGGUUCCGAGAGCAGCUAUGUGACAACCCGUGUCAUGGGAACUUUCGGUUUUAGUUAUGUAGCACCGGAAUAUGCUUGCACUGGAAUGUUAAACGAGAAGAGUGAUAUCUAUAGCUUCGGAAUAUUAAUCAUGGAGAUCAUCACGGGAAGAAACCCCGUUGAUUAUAGUCGGCCUCAAGGAGAGGUACAUUUUAACGGGAUUAAACCUACGAAUCUUGUAGAUUGGCUGAAAUCAAUGGUUGGAAACCGAAGAUCCGAAGAAGUAGUGGAUCCAAAAAUACCCGAACCUCCAUCCUCAAAAGCUCUUAAACGAGUGUUACUCGUAGCUUUGCGCUGUGUAGACCCUGAUGCGAACAAGAGACCUAAGAUGGGACAUAUCAUACAUAUGCUUGAAGCUGAAGACUUGCUCUAUCGCGAUGAACGCCGAGCAACUAGGGACCAUGGAAGCCGCGAAAAGCAAGAGACGGCGUCAGCGGCUGCAGGUAGUGAAAGCGGCGAGAGCGGUUCACGGCAUCAUCAACAGCAAAAGCUAAGAUGAAAAAGAGUCGCUUGUCACAACAGGACCAUUCUAUUUCAAUUGAUUCCUUAUUGUAUUGUAUUAGAAUAUGUUUCAUUCUUUGGCUCUUUGAGUAUUGCCUUACGUCUAAUUAACCUUUUUCCACUUUGUAAUCUUUUGUCAACGAUCACAUGUCAUUUUUAUAAAUUAUAACAUAUAAUAUGUAAUGUUUUUGGACCAACCUCGACGCUAUAUGUUCGGCCCGUGCAUAACGAUUGGUCGCUGGAUCAA